UCUUACCGCUCGGCCCACUCGGGAACGCGCGGGAAAAGGCUCUCCCGAAGCGACCCGUAAGCGACUCCCAGCGCUACGCGUCGCGAGUCUAAACUCAACGUCUAUGGCCACUGCCGGGUGGCACCAGCCUGAGUUCUGCAACCGUUGCUCAUUAAAAGAGGCGCUUCUGCGCAUGCGUAGUGGACCUUCUUCCUCCGUAGGCGGCGGAAGUGGUGAUCCUAACGUGUCGGCCAUGAGUAGAGUGGCGGCGGUCGCAGGUCUGGUGGGCUACAGCAGCUCCGACUCGGAAGACGAGGACGCAUCCUCGGGAGCGCAAGGGGAAGGCGGCGAGGCCGGCGGCGCAAGCUCGGCGGAGGGACGCCAAGGACGCCGCUCUCCUGGCGACAGCUCAACAGCUCAUCGCCUUCCUGUGCCAGACAGUGUGCUAAGUAUGUUCAGAGAUCAGGAGGAGGCAGAGACAGUGGUGGACGACAGCAGCAAGCAUGGAGGCCGCCUGCGGACCUUUCCCCAUGAGCGAGGCAACUGGGCAACACAUGUCUACGUGCCUUAUGAGGCUCAGGAGGACUUCCUCGAGCUGCUCCAGCUCCUCCUCCUGCGUGCAUGUGCAUCCGUGCCAUCGCUGACGGCUAUGGCAGAGUUUCACAUCAGCCUUUCUCAGGGUGUGAUCCUGCGCCACCACUGGAUAAGUCCUGUUGUCCAGUCCCUCAAGGAACACCUGGCUUCCUUCCCCAGGUUCACCUGUAGAGCAGAUCGAGUGACGAUUUACACCAAUGAGCCCAAAAGCAGGACCUUCAUUGGCUUGGAGGUAACUUCUGGGCAUACUCAGCUCUUGGAGUUGGUUUCUGAAGUGGACAGAGUUAUGGAGGAAUUCAGUCUCCCUUCUUUCUACAAGAAUCCCUCAUUCCAUCUCAGCCUCGCGUGGUGUGUUGGAAACCUUUCUGAAGAACUUGAAAGUUGUCUUCAGGAGUUGCAGGAGAUUGUGAAUGGGUUUGAGGACUCUUCAUACCUUGUGCGAAUUCCUGGGGCCGAAGUCCGUUGCAAGUCUGGCAAGAAGAUCUUCUCCUUCCCUUUACGGUAGGAGCUGGGAGAAUAAUCCACAGCAGCCGUCAGCUGAGGAUGGACCUUACCUACCGUUUUGCCAGGAUGCAAGGAAUGGUCAGAAGCCACAAAUUAUAUUCGUGGCUCAGCAGUAAGAUGGUGGUAGCUCCUUGCCCCCAUUGUUCAUUUUUAAGAGUCUUGCAAGUGGUGGGCCUAAGGUGAAGGGUCCAGUGCUACAAAGGUGAAGGGUCCAGUGCUACAAAAGAAUGCAGAGGCUACAUUAACAGCCACAGCUUCGUGCCAGCAUGAUUAUUGAGGGAGUUGUGACAUGCAAAAGUGCCAUUCAGUUCUGAGGGCCAGUUGAAAAUGAUGCUCAGUUUUGAAGUGGACAACAGCUGAGUAGAAUCUCUCCUGAUCUGGAGGACAACAGAAAUUACCCAUUAGAAGUUUGAGAGGAUCCCUGCCUGCCCCUAAAGCUGAUGUCACAAGAGGCAUUUGGCUCGAAAGCAUCCUUGCUGGUUGAGAGCAUGAAGUCUUCUGGCUGUCAGACCGAGCUGUUAGCUAAAAAUUGAUCAAAUGAGAAACAGAAGUACAGAUCCCCCACCCCCUUGUGUGGACAGUUUCAAAAGCCACAAAAGACUAUAUAUUGGGGUACGUGGAGGUGAGAGUGUGCAUUGGGUUUUACCAGGGUAGUGGUGUUGUCAAUUGGCCAGAUAACCGCCAGGGGUCAGUGUUGAGUUGGCUUUCUUUACACCACUUCACAGUCUCUGUCUUAUGGAGGUUUAAUUGCCCUGUCUUCCUCCCCAUCCCAUGCUGGUUGGGGCCGAUGGGAAUUGUAGUCCAAAACUUCUGGAGGCCACCAGGUUGGUACGGGCUGCAUAAAGGGUCUAUAAAGAUAUCUCUCAGGGAAUUCUCAGCUUGCCCAAAAGGCCACACACCAGUGUUCUGUGGGGCAAAACAGGACAGGUAUACCAACUUACAACUGGUUUAGGAGCAGAGUGUAGGAAAAAUGGCCUUGAUUUGUGGGGAUGUGGGUAGGGUGCCAAUUGGAGCUGAAAGACGGUAUUAAUUUUUUUUAAUAUAAGUGUAAAUAAAUCUGCAAAAGUUUGAAUUAAGUUUUAUAUUGCUGUUACAAUCUGCCUUGGAAUUUUCAAUGAGAAACUGUAUCAACAGUUUUUUAAAUAAAUAUAAUUUCCUGUUGUUGGAGCUGCUGGCUCUAAUGCUUGGGGCAGGCAAAUUCCAUGCUAGGGAUUAUUAGGAUAUGGACUGAAAAUAAGAACAUAAGAAGAGCCCUUCUGGAUCAGGCCAAUGGCCCAUCUAGUCCAGCAUCCUGUUCUCACAGUGGCUGAGCAGAUGCCCAACAGGGAGCUGAAAGCAGGACCCCAGCACAAGAGCCUUCUCCCCUCCUGAGGUUUCCAGCAACUGGUAUUCAGAAGCAUUGCUGCCUCAAAGAUAGCCAGCAUAGUACAUGAAUCUGUUACAUUGGCCACACUUGCAAUACUAUGUACAGUGGAACCUCGGUUUACGAAUUUUCGGUUUACGAACGCCGCGGACCCAUCUGGAACGGAUUAAUUCACUUUCCAUUACUUUCAACGGGAAAGUUCGCUUCAGUUUAUGAACGCUUCAGUUUAUGAACAGACUUCCGGAACCAAUUACACCCAUGCUUCAGGUUAAGUACGCUUCAGGUUGAGUACUCCGCGGACCCAUCUAGAACGGAUUAAUCCACUUUCCAUUACUUUCAAUGGGAAAGUUCGCUUCAGUUUAUGAACACUUCAGUUUAUGAACAGACUUCUGGAACCAGUUGUGUUCAUAAACUGAGGUACCACUGUACAGUUCUGGUUGUCAUAACUAAAAAUUAAAAUAAAAAUAUAUUAUAGAGCUGGAAGGGGUGCAGAAAAAUAACUCAAGCAACCAAUUAGAGUACUUUCAGAAGGAGGAAAAGCUAAAGGGUUUGAGGGUUUUUUUAGCUGGAGAGGGGGGCUUGUACAAGGAAGGGGAAUACAAUGAAGGUUUAUAAAACUAUGCAACAUAUCCAAAAAAAUAUUAUCCCUUAUAGGGCCCACCUAAUGAGAUAGAUUGGCAGUGGAUUCAGGACAGAUGUAAAGUCUUGCCUCAGCCUUCCCUUACCUAGGGCCCUCAGGUGUUUUGGACUACAAUUCCCACAAGCCCCAGCCAGCAUAGCUAAUGGAAGUUGUAGUCCAAAACAUCCAGAGGGCACCAGGCUAAGGAAGGCUGUACCACCACAUACAAGACAUAGUUUAUAGAGUAUGCUCCCACACGGCGUAAUAAUGGGGCUGUAAAGGAGCAUUUAACAAAUCUUUGGACAGCAAUUGAUAAAGCUGCUUCAUUAUUAUUCAUUUAUGAACCACCUUUUUCAUCUGCAUCUGUGUCAAAGCAAUUUUCAAAAAACACACAUUAAAUUUUUUAAAAAAUAAAAUACAAAACGAGAGCCUAAGUCUCCUCCAGCUGGAAAAACUUGUCAAAACAGAAAAUUCCUUCAGUUGUUUCCAGAAGCACAGAAGUGAGCGCCUGUUGUAUCUCGACAGGAAUGCUUUUGCACAAAACAGGUGCAGCCAGGCUGAGAGCCCUGCUCCAAACCACUAUGGAUGUUUGGGGGGCUUAAAAGGAGAAGCUCUCCUCCAGACCACAGUGACCCACAAGGCAUAUAAGGGACAAGGCAGUUCUCUCAAGUAUCAAUUGAGGCUAAUAACCUACCCAGCUCAGUAUUGUCUAUAGGCCACUGGCUCUCUGGAGCUUCAGUCAGGAGUGUUUCCUAGCCCACCCAGAGAUGUGAGGGUGGAACCUGGCCUUUUCUACAAGUAGAGCAUCAACUUUGUCCCUGAGCUAUGCCCUCCUCCUUGCUUUGGGUAUGUGCUGAAGGUCUGGCAUCACAGGAUGAAUUCCUCUGAAUACACGUUGCGGGAAGCAGCUGUCAUAUUCCAUGUCCUGCUUAUCAGUUGCCCGGAAACACCUCUGUGAGAAAAAGAUGGCACUGACCUUAAUGUACUUCUGGUCAUAUUGUGUAUGGGAUGCUGUAUCUUUUGGCAGAAAAUGCAAUAAACCCAAGCCAAAGCUGAUUCCCAAUUGAUAAACAAGAACACCCAAUUUUUCACCCAACCAAGAAAGGUUCUUAACUACCGUAUGCACUGACAGUUGCUGCUGAACUCUGUUUACCAGGGAAGAGGCAAAGUCCUGAUCAACGUCACAAAGUAAACAAAAGGGCAGGAGUUAAAAUACGAAUUCAAUCUGCAUUGGGAGUUGCUCUUGCCAGGCCAGUUCUAUUGCCCACUUUGGCCCUUCUCCACCAAUCAAUGUUUAGGAACAGCCUUUGCCAACCUGGCACCCUCCAGAGGUUGUGGACAGCUGAUGGGAAUUGUAGUCCAUCUGGAGGUCACCAGGUUGGCAAAGGCCAAACCUUUUCUGCAAGUUAUUCGGUUUUGCAUUGAACAGAAUUUCCCAGCUGUUCUUUGGAAGAAAUCCCACUGUCUUCAGUGAAAUUUUACUUCCAAACUGGUGUCUACCAUAAUUAAGCCUGGCCACAGUUGUUGAGCAGCCAAAUAUUAGGAAGGUGCUAACUGGCAACAAAUCCAUAACUUAUGGAUUACCCUGGUCCUGGUGGGACGGGGUAGAGAAGUGCCAAAACCAGGCAGGGAGCUUUUUGGCAUGGGUGGCAGAUGCUUUCCUAGCCUUUAAGCUGCUCCACGUUAAAGGUGAACUUGUGCAAUUUCAAGAGGGGGGUGGAGCAGGGGAAGAGAAGCUGUUUUGAAUGUAGAACAUGAAAGUUGCUAAGGUAAUAAUUCUUUGCACGCUUCCUUGGAAGUGAGCCCUUUUGGACUCAGCAGGCUUUACCCCCUGAGUAAAUACGGUUAGGCUGGGCAUUGCACCUGUCGCUUCCGCCCUUGCCUUUUGAGGGAAAGUUUCAUUAUAACAAUAUAAAUAAAUGAUACCAUAGAACGGUGCUGUGUGUAAGUCUUGACGUCUAAAUAGCAACAACUUUAAUCAAGUGCGGGGAAAUAUCUUAGAAUCAUAGAAUGGUUGAGUUGGAAGGGAUCCCCCGGGUCAUUUAGUCCAACCCCCUGCAUGGCAUGCUGUCCCAUACGGGGAUCGAACCUGCAACCUUCGCGUUAUCAGCACCAUGCGCUAGCCAAGUGAGCUAUCCUCUGCUCGUCUCUGUCCUCACGCCGCUUCCGAGGCUUUUGGGGCCCGAGUCCUAUGUAAGCAAACGCACAGAAACCCCCCCCCCCCCCAAUGACUGAAACAAGCACAAAGCGUGGACUCGGAGUCGGAGCCCAGACAGCCAAGCCGCCGCCUGGUUCCGGUUUGAGCCUGGAGGCGCGGGGCUGCUAGCUGCUCGUCCCUCGGGGACCUUCCGGACGGGCUCCUGGGCUUGAGGGGCGGUCAGUGAGUCGACUGGCCGUUAGGCGGCGACCGCCACAAGCCCAGCCCAGCGCAGGGCG